AUGGAUUCCUCGGAAUAUCUUCGACUCCUCGCGAGGCUCGACAGUCGGGCAGUCCGGGCAGAACGAGCCCAGACCAAACUUGAACAAGAACUGAGCGCCUCAAGGGCUGCCGAGAAUCAAGCCACAGAGGAGCUAGGCCAUGUAUCCAGAUUAGCGGAUAUCUUCUUUGAGCUCAGUCAAAUUCUGGGGGGCGUGGUAGAUCAUUGGCUGAAGGAGCACGGAACCAAAGAACCCGGCCAAGAGCCGGAGUCAACAAAGGUAGUGCUUGAUAUAUUGUUAAAACAGUUGGAAGCACAGAAGUUAGCCAAUAGCGGUGAAAAUUCCGGUGAUGACUCGGAAAGUGGUGGUACAAAGGCUGCGGUAUAG